GCACCCAGAGGCAGCCAUUUCCAACGAGCUGGCGAGGGCGGAAGAUGGAGACUCCCGUCGGGUGUCCGCCGGGGGGGUCUGGAUCGGUGUGUCUCGCCUUCGAUCAACUGCGGGACAUGAUUGAGUUUCAGGAGGACCUGAUCCACCAGCUGAGGCACGUGAUGGUUCUCCAAGAUGAAAAUCUUGUCAGUAAAGAAGAGUUCCAGGCAGUGGAGAAGCAGCUGGUGGAAGAGAAAGCUGCGCAUGCCAAGACCAAGGUCCUCCUGGCCAAGGAAGAGGAGAAGUUGCAGUUUGCCCUCGGGGAGGUAGAGGUGCUAUCUAAACAGCUGGAGAAAGAGAAGCUGGCCUUUGAAAAGGCUCUCUCCAGUGUCAAGAGCAAAGCCCUGCAGGAGUCCAGCAAGAAGGACCAGCUCGUCACCAAAUGCAAUGAAAUUGAGUCUCACAUUAUAAAGCAAGAAGAUAUACUUAAUGGCAAAGAGAAUGAGAUUAAGGAGUUGCAGCAAGUUAUCAGCCAGCAGAAACAGAUCUUCAGCCCACGCCCACCUGAUCUGUUGCAGAAAUCACAUAUCUGACUUCCGGAUCCAGAAGCAGCAGGAGAACUACAUGGCCCAGGUGCUGGCCCAGAAGCAUAAGAAAUCCGCAGGGAUGCGUCAGGCCCAGAGCCACCAGCGUCCCAGGGAAAAAUAAAAUGUUUAUCAUC